AUGGCGGAGAGAUUCAUGGAAGCUAGAGAUUUAAUGGGAGUGGAUCCAGAGAGAAGUGGGUCAGAACAUGAUGUAGAGAAGCGGGAUCGCGAAGCGGGACCUAGGCCAUGUGAAGAAGGAACUCCGACAGAAACCGCUCGCAUGCUCACAUACCCAGCCAUGUCACCGGGCCUAAAGGACGUUAAAUCACCUCUCAGGCAGAAUCAAGAACAAAACCAAGCGUUUGCUGCACAGUUCCAAAAAGUAAAAGAAGAAAUACAACAAAAUGUCCAGCAAGUACAAGAAAAUUUUAAACAAGAUAUUCAGUUAGUAAAACAAGAAAUACGGCAAAACGUUCCGGCAUUAGCUGCGGAUUUGACUUCAAAAAUAAAUGCAGUCAAUGACAAGGUUGAGACACUUCAGCGCAAGGAGAAAACCUGGGCAGAAGAGUUUAAUUAUGAAUUGGACCGGAUGUUGGAAAAACAGGCAGAGAAAAUAGAAACCGCACAACCGAAGUCUAAAGAAUUGAAUAGGUUUCCUGUACAAAGUCUUUCGAAAAGUAAAAUGCAAUUACUUUAUUUCGCAGACUUUGACGCCUUGUUUUACUUUCCAGUUGUUAAGAAUUGUGAACAAUGGGCUCUUCAGUUUAGGACAGAAACAUAUCUUAGGAACCUUAAUUCGCUGGCAUCAAUUCCUCUUCCAUCUCUUUUCCAUAUGGCUAAUUUUCGCUGCCGUACUAAUGCAAAUAUUGCCAUUACUUUAUAA